AUGUUAGACCACAACCUAGACCGCCUCACGCAGAAUGUACAAGCCAUACGAGCGACAAGCGCGUUAUCCGCGUCUUCAACGACUUUCACAAACGCAAUACUACGCACAGCAUUAGGAGAUCUGAUUCGCGACACAGAUGCCUCUGAGGAUGGCCUUUUCACGGGUAACCUCAAGCGUGUCGAGUUCCACGGUCCUUCUCUUCCUAGAAAGCAAGACCCAGAGAUCUACGCGGAGGCGGCAUUAAGCUACAUCGAGCGCUAUAACCAUAUCCGUCAGAUGCCACGCGCCCGUUCACGCGUUUUAACGAUCCUCGACCAAAUCGACGCGACCCGAGAGAGUAUUCGUGAUCUCACUGACUCACUCGAACAAGUUCAAUUGUCGGACAUUAAGCCACUUGCAGACAAGGAACAAGAGCGCAUAGUUUUGCUUCAAGCUAAGCUAGCGGAUUUGAAGAAGAAGCAGGUCGUACCCAAAAGGUUGCCUUCUCCCACAACUCCUGUCAAAACAGUCUCAAAGCCGGAUGACACUUUCCACACUCCGGCAGCCGCCGCUCGUACAUUCCGAUUUACGGACAAUCUGCUUAUGGACGAACAAGUUGAUCUAGCCGACAUCUCAGUUUCAUCGCCUGCGAUGCCUAUACGAAUAUACCGCCCCAACGAUACUUCUACACCUAUUGAGGACAGUGUUGUGGAAGAAGAGCAACCAACCGCUAUCCUGGAGGAGCAAGACACGAUCACUCAAGAAACCCCCGCUGUCCCCCCAUCGCCAACGCCAUCACCAGUCAAGCCUUCUCCCAUAGAGACGCCGAAAAAAGGCAAAGUCCGCGUUAAUUCGGAAGUAGAACGCGUGGUGACCAAGAUAUGGGCCACUGUAGGCGAUCUGAUAAUGCCUGGGCAUUCUUACGACACCACUGGGACUGGGGAAGGCCGGAAGCCUCCACAUGCAAAAGAGACCAUAGCUCAUUUGAAUUCGCUUGCUUCUCUUGUUCCCACUCCAGCCUCUCCCUCGACAACCAUUUCAUCCUUGUCGACACACACCUCAACUGCCCCAACCCCUCAGCAAAUUCUCACCGCCCACCUCCUCUUGCAUCUCCUUGAGAGUGGCCCGCAGUACUCACUACCGCUGACUAAGGUUAGAGAGCUGUUGGCGGACAAGGCCAGUCGAAGUGGAGGAACAGGAAUUGUUGUCGGAGGCCAGAGCACUACGAGGGUGCUGUAUGCAUGCGUAGCUAAACGUUUGGUCAAGAUAGAUCGCGGUGGUGGGGAAGAACUUGUAAAGUUUGAUUUGUAG